AUGUCCUCGAACCGUACUCCGAGACAGAGCAGGGCGGGUCAAUCAGCGGCACAGAUACAAGACUGGGGGAGAUUCGUCUUUUGUAACACGUGCGAUGGCUGGCACUACGGAGCCGGCGGCGCAGCCGGCCUCUUGCUUGUCCGACGCAACUACAAUCUCCCAGGACAUCCCGCCACCCACAUCGUGAUGCAGCACCGCGCGGACGACCUCCGAACCUGGGCGAUCCCAGGAGGGGCGCUGGACUACGGGGAGACGCUACGACAGGGCGCUAUUCGCGAGGCGUCAGAGGAGGUGUCGCUGCCGCUUGACUGCACCGAAGGCGACGAUCCCUUGAUCGUGAUACGGGAAGAGACCACGCUUACAGACCACGGGUACUGGAGGUACACGACAUUCAUCGCCGACGUCCUGAGGGACUUCAACCCCACGAGGCCGGCCGGUGAAGCUGAGAGCAUCUCGGUCGAGUGGGUGCCGAUCGAUCUGGUCGGGUCAGGGAGAGUCAGCCCGUUGCUUCCUGCGUUCCGUGAUGCUUGGCCGACGCUGCGUGCUAUCAUUCAGAGAUCGACAAUCUGGAAUCUGAUGGUGAAUAUGGGAGGAGAAAACACAGACCCAUCAACCGCAUCUUCGUACACUGUGUCGCCUCCGUUGGAUCAGAAAAGAGGAAGGAUCUUGGACAGUGACGAAGACUCAGAUCCGAGCAUGUAG